GGGUUUACCUCUCCAUUCUUUAAUAUGGCUGUCUAUACAUAUGCUAAGCUUGCUUCACAUACUGAUUGCUUCGUUGGUAUCUCAGAACACGAACCUGGAUCGGACAGAGCUCUCUCUUUGCGUGUCUUUGAUUGAGAAUGGAGUCAACCCCGAUGCCCUAGCGACUGUUAUCAAAGACUUGAGGACGGAAGCCGGCCUGGCUCUACGCGCUUCGAAUGAGUCUCCAGAGUGAAAUAAUCAAUAUGUUUCUCUUCUGCGUGGUCGGCUCAUUCUGGAUUGUUUGUAUGUUACCGCUUGUAUAAGAACACGAAUUAGACGCUAAGCACUUAAUAAAUUAGUUCAAAGCUGUGGGCCUAUGUGGAAACAGUCUGGUAUCAUAACACCGCCUAAGAGGUACAGGGCAAGGUAAUUGAGAAUAAAUAAUAUCAUCAAACUCGCGGCUUAUGAAAAGAAUGCUAUAACCGUAUAGCAACGAAACCAAGGCUUAUGAGGAUUUCCCGGCGUUCUCUGCUGUUGUGCCGCCUUUAGAGGCUGAGCCGAGCUCUUCAGAAGAAGCUCCAACAUUCACUUUGUGCGCUUCAGUAUCAACUGGGUCCUUAGCCUUGGUGUCUUUCUCGUCAUCGCUGUCCCCUAAGCUGAACGGAUCGUUUUCUCCGAUA